UAAAUAUAUGUGUGUCGCACGCAACACAAUAUUGCUCGCCGAGCUGUGCUGUACGUAGUCUGGAAGCGGUCUUAGUGUGUUUACACCUCCAGACAGUCCAGUGCGCGGCGGACACGGCGGAGAGUACUCGAUGCUGUCAGACCCAAUUGUCAGCGGACCAGUACUCGCUACGGUUUGUCCAGAACGAUGACUGUGUCAAAAGCGGUCGACCACUCGUCGGUGGUGGCACGUCUUCGUUCGGUUAUCGUUAGGUAAAAUCUAUUAGUUGUUGUCGUUGUUUUCAACACUACUUGCAAUACUUAAUACUUACCUAUUUGAUUACUUACUAAAAUAUUGCUUGUAACAACAAAUUGUUCGGUUCAGUCUACGUCGCGUCGAUCGAGCGUUUCGGGUAAAAUGUAUACUUGGAAUUAAAUGUUGGCCGUAAACAAAAAGUUGUCGCGUCGCGUUAAAUUGUAUUUCUCCAGGAUGGAAAAGGGCGACUGGAACGCUCUGCCCAGUCUCGUACUCCACCAGGUAUUCACGUAUCUGCCGCAAAAGUCCAGGCGGGCCGCGUCGUCCACUUGCAAGCACUGGAGGUCGACGCUGUACCACCCGCUGUUCUGGAAACACUAUGAUCUCAACAUUUACAUCGGUGAAAACUCCAUAGCCGACAUAGAGUCCAAAGUGGACUACGCCAAAUCGCACAUUCUACCGUUGGUACGCAGCGUGCGUCUGUCGUUUGAUUCCCGCAGUCCGUUAUGUUUCGAGUUGGCCACGGCAGCCAUAAACGCCCUGUUGGACAACGUGCUGUUGAACAACAUCAAAGUCGAGAUCGAGCACCAGCACGGCGUGUUCACCAAAGACGAAUUUAUAUUCAACGGCACUCCGGAAAUGGUGUAUUUGUGGUCGCUUCGCAACUAUUUGGAGUACAGCAUUUUGAACAUCGCUCAAAGAAGGAAUAUUGAAGAGUUCAGUUUCGGAUACCUGCAUUUUUACUGCUGGCACGAUUUGAUUAGUAUGUUGGCCAAACACAGUAGUCACAGUUUGAAGCGUUUGGAACUCAUACCGUUGGAAUCGUCGCUCAUCAAAGAGCUUUCGAACAAUUCGUGUUUUAUCAGCUCGACUUUUAACAACUUGACGUUAUUGACCAAUUUACAGAAACUGAGUUUGGAUCUCAACUUCAGUACGUGCAACUUGCUUCCGGCGCUGUGCACGAUGCCUCAACUAGAAACUCUGGUGUUGCGUGUUCUGAAAAAAAUUGAUGUCGACAUUAGCGAUGACGUGUGGGCGGAUCUAAAGAAAAAUUGCCCCAAACUAGGACUGAGAUUGGCGAUUAUCGAAUGUAAGUCUAUGGUUAAAAAGUUGCAUAGGAAGUUGCUGAUGCCGUCAAUGCCGUUGACGCACCUCAAAGUGCUUUUUUGCGAUAUGCUUAACGUAAGAGUGUUACGCAAACUCUUCGACUACCGCCAAACAUUGGAGUCUUUAAUUUGGGUCGAUGACCGUUCGGAGAAUCCCACGAGCCUGUUGGACGGCCAUUGGCCUAUUGAUCGUUUCGGAGGCGAAAUUGAAUCGAAUCCGCUCAUCAUCUUGUCAUGGGUGUGCAGCAAUCUAAAGGAACUCGUUGUUCACGGCUAUUUCAUGGAAACCGUCGACGUCUGUGGCAUCGCUCGGCUGCGAGGGACGAAUUUGAAACGCUAUGAACUGCUCGAAGAGGAUAUUUGCUUUAACCGGGCGUGGAACGUUAUGGUAUACGAUGACGUCGUGGAAGAUGUUACCAAAUGGAUGGGACAAACGUGGGAACCGUUGCGCAAGCGAAAUGUAUUUCGCACACACGCUCAUUACACAAUACACUGCAUUGCAGACGACUCAACUAACGUAAAUUAAGUUUAAAGCCGAUGAUUUGGUCGUGAGUUACUUAGAUUCCUAUUUUUUUUUUUUUCAUCAUCAUCUCUUUCAAGAAGAUAUUUUUGGCCAAUAUCCUUUAAGCUUGCAUUAAAAAAAAACGUCAUAUUCCGUUUAAAUUAAAUGUUAUUUUUUUAGGUAUUUUUUAGAAAAAAAAAAAAUAUUUAAAACAUUUUGAACAUUUAAUAUAAAUCAUCUUACAGACAAAAAUAUUUUAAAAAAAAACACUAAAAUUGGUGAUUUUGAUCUCAACAUAAAAACUAUUCUUGUUAUAAUUUUUUAAACAGCGUCAAAUCAAUUAAAGUAUCGUGUCGAAACGGCUUAAUUAAAACUAUUAAAAAGGUAUUGGCUAAAAAAAACUUCGAAAAACCUGCCGCCGAGUUAUAGGUAAUAGGUGUAGGCUUAUCCGUUUAGCGGACAAUUCCAAACGUUACUAAAGUUAGUAAAACUUCCUCUUCUCGUAGCAUAAAACUAGUUACGUGUUUCCUCUGUGUAAAAUUAAGAAAAUUUGUUGAAACGUUAAAAUAACUUGAGUUUGAAUUUUUUUGCACGUUUCAAUCGGCAACAUUAAGGUACAAUUUUAUUUUUCAAGUAACGUUCAACCUACGUUGUCGGAAUAGUUUCUAACGUAGUCCAAUCGUUAAGAUAUCGUAUAAAAAAACUUGAUUGAAACAAUAAGACAGUUUAGAGUGAAAAACUGUUAAUAACGACUCAAAGUUACCAAGAGAUAAUAUUUUUAAUUUACUUUGUUACCGUUGCGACCAACAAGAUGUUAUGCAAACUGUUUGUAGACAUUUGUAGACUAAAGUAAUCAUCGUUUGUGAAAUAUUUUCUUACCCAAAACCAAUGUUGAAGUAUGAAAAAGAAAAUAGACGAUAAAAAAAAUUAAAUAAGGAAAGAUCAAUUUUUUAUGUGACGAUCAAUCUUAUUAUAAUAAUAAUAAUAAAAAAAAAACACUAUUAAUAAUUAAAAAAAUAACGUAAUAUAUCGGAAGCCGAGCAAAAGACUCAAAUCUAGUCGAAAGCCGAUCGAACGAGUAUCCAUUUUUAACGACAAAUUUUUUUCCUGUCGUAAUGCCGACUUGAUUUAAAAUAAUAAAAUACAUAUAAUAUAUUGUAGCUUACGUUGUGCUACUAAUUUUGAUUGAGUUCGACUAAAUAACGAUGCACGAUCGGUUUGCCCGGCUACGAUACGACUGUAAAAUAAUCGUUCCUACCACACACGUACGUUUGUUGGUUUUUUUAGUGUUUUCCACAAAAACUACAUAUAAGUACAUUUUUUUCUUUUUUUCUUUUGUUUUGCUGACUGUGAUAACAUCUGUUAAAAUAUAUUAUGUACCCACGACAUAGCGUUUAGCCAAUUAGAACUGGCCGGACGUUUAGAACGGACCGUCGAAGAAAAUAUUGUUAAAAUCUGUUAAAAUUGUUGUUGAAAAGUGUUUGUUAAAAAAAAAUAUAUAUAUUAUAUAUUAUACUUAAAUGUAAUAAGCGAUGUGAUCUUAGAAGAGAAUUGUAAAGAUCUAUUUAAAAAAAAAAAGAAACUGUGAUGUUUUGUAAAGAUCAAGUCUAUAUUAUAUUAUAUCUUAUAAAAGUAAGCGCCGUCAAAAAGCGUCAGAGACGAUUGCCGGUCGUACUUGAAAUUAGUUUUACCAAAAAUAUCUUACGUAAGUCUUUACAUCGGCUUGUAUUUAUUAUCGAUUGAUGAUUUGUGUGAAUUUUUUGAUCAACAGUAACACAAUCUAAAACAUUAUAUAUAUAUUUAUAUCUAUAACGACUGAAACAAAAAUGCUACCAAAUGAACGAUAUUACUUAUCGUUCAUA